AUGUGUGCGGAGACAGACAAGCAAGCCCUUCUCAAGUUAAAGGAAGGUUUUGUUCAUAGAAUGGAACUUCUAUCUUCUUGGAAAGGUGAUGAUUGUUGCAGAUGGAAAGGAGUUUCAUGCAAUAAUUUAACAGGUCAUGUAACCUCUCUUCAUCUCAGAUUUUCAAAUUCUACACGUGUUGAAGAUUUAAACUAUCUUUUAGACACAAUGCCAGAGAUGAAAUUUUUCAGUGCCCCUACAAACUUGGGAGGUAACAUAGAUUAUUCAAUAUGUGAGCUGAAGCAUCUCACUUUCUUAGAUCUCAGUCAUAAUGACUUACAGGGAGAGAUCCCAAAAUGUAUUGGUUCACUUGGUCAAUUGACACAGUUAAAUCUUGCAUGGAAUUUUCUUAAUUCUGUUCCUUAUUCUCUGUCAAAUCUUUCCAAUUUGCAAUAUCUUGACCUUGGGAGAAAUUAUUUUGUUGCAAAAGACCUUGAUUGGCUUUCUCACCUUUCUACUUUGAGAUACCUUGAUCUCUCAAAAAAUAAUCUUGGUGCGGUUACUGAUUGGCCAUCAUCAAUAGGUAAAGUCCCUUUUCUAUCUGAACUCUAUUUAAAUGAUUGUGGAUUCCCUCAAGUCAAACCAAAAUCAAUCUCCCACAUCAAUUCUUCCACUUACCUCCAAAUCCUCAGUCUAUCAGGAAAUCACUUUGACUCUUCAAUCAUGUCAUGGGUGUUGAAUGUUAGCAAAGUCCUCACAGUUCUUGAUCUCUCACACAAUGAACUUGAUAAUGGCAUCAUAAAGACCUUUAACACUUUGUGUCAACUUAAGAGGUUGUAUCUGGGUUCCAAUAAAUUGUCUGAACAACUCAGUGAUUACUUACCAGAAUUUUGUUCUGCAAAAGAUUUAGAGGUGUUGAGUCUUGACCAUAACCCAUUUGGUAAAGGGUUGCUUCCUGAUUUUUCAUUAUUUUCAUCCUUGGAAAGACUUUCACUUCAGAAUACCAGUACUGUUGGGCCUUUAUUAUUCGGUCACUUGCCUCGUCUUAAAGCUUUGGAUCUCAGUUUAAACAAUUUGAAUGGAUCAUUGCCUGUAUUCGAACUGACGAAAUUUUCCUCACUGCAUUUUCUGGAUCUUUCUCACAACAAAUUGAGUGGGAGACUUCCAUAUAGUAUUGGACAACUUUCUAAUAUCUGGUUUUUGUUCAUUUCUUCAAACGAGUUGAAUGGGGACAUUAGUGAAGAGCAUGUAUCAAACCUUUCUAGAUUGAAGAUAUUUGAUGUGAGUAAAAAUUCUCUUUCGUUUAACUUGAACCCAGAUUUGGUUCCUCCUUUCCAAUUGGUGGCAUUAUAUGCAUCAUCGUGCGUUUUGGGGUAUCAAUUUCCAUUGUGGCUUAAACAUCAAAAGAAACUUCAGGUGCUGCAAAUCUCUAAUACAUCCAUUAUGGGUUCGUUUCCUGAAUGGUUAGGGGACAUAUCAUCAACUUUGUUAUACAUAAAUGUUUCCCAUAAUAAACUUAGUGGAGUCUUACCAAAAUCACUAUCACAGAUUAAGACAGGACUUAUGAGUACAUGGGAUUUUAGUUUCAACAAUUUGUCUGGCCCAUUGCUUCCUUUUCCUCCAAGUGUAUUUGAGCUCUUUCUCUCAAAUAAUAGGUUCUCAGGGUUUGUAUCUUCCUUUUGUGAAACAUCCCCAUUAACUUAUCUUGACCUGUCUAGUAAUGAACUCACAGGACCCCUUCCAAAUUGUUGGGAGAAAUUUCAAAAAUUGGAAGUUCUAAAUUUGGCAAAUAACAGUUUAUCAGGGAGAGUGCCAGAUUCGUUUGGCAAUUUACAAAGUAUUUUGUCGAUGCAUCUAAAUAACAAUCACUUCUUCGGUGAGGUACCAUCUCUGGCUCUUAGCAAAGGAAGCUUAAGAUUAAUUGAUUUUGGAGAUAAUAAUCUUGAAGGAACAUUACAAACAUGGUUAGACUUGGAAAAUUUGAUUGUAUUGCGUCUACGAGUGGAAUUGGGCUUUAUUUUGAGGAAAUAUCAUUGA